GGAAAGGGUAACGCGAAGACUACCAGGCGGCAGAAAUGGAGAGCAGACGGAUAGGGAGGAAGAACAAAAAUGUUGGGGAGACAUGGCGUGGCACCGAGACCAAAUAGGAGGAUCUCAGUCCACCAACCGGAGCCCUCUGAGGAACGAAGUCCCGGUGGAGGCGUCGAGCUAACGGUGGCCGUCCGGAGGAUUCUCAUUUCGCUUCGCUGUGGUCUCGGCUCGUAACCAGGAACGCGCUCAACGCUCGCGGUUGGUCACUAUCUGCAGGGGACAAGUCAGCGGCGAACCACCCGGUGUCUUGACAGCAGAAGAUAAAUAAAAAGGGAGCUCAGUAUGAGUCGACAUGGGUGGGAAAAGAAGAGAGCCAAUGCCAGCGGUGACAAUGGUUGGGCUGAACAGGGAGGCUACAUGGCUGCCAAAGUGUCUAAGCUGGAGGAGCAGUUUAAACGUGAUGCUCCCAGAGAGAAACAGAAGGACGGAUCCUACUCUGACAUUUUUAGUGGAGUGUCUAUCUAUGUCAAUGGAUACACAGAGCCAAGUGCAGAUGAGCUACGCAGAUUGAUGAUGCUGCAUGGUGGCCACUUCCAUGUGUACUACUCUCGCUCCAAGACUACCCACAUCAUCGCCAAUAACUUGCCCAACAGCAAAAUUCAGGAGCUCAAAGGGGAGAAGAUCAUCAGGCCACAGUGGAUCACUGACAGUGUCAAGGCUGGACAUCUCCUGCCUCACCUGCAGUACCAGCUUUACACUAAACAGAACGGCCCACUCUUCCCCGGCGCUAGUCUCCGCCAGAAGUCUGACAUUGCCGGGCCGAGCCAUGGGCAGCUUCAGCAGAGCAUCCAUCAAAGACUUACUCUGCCCCAGCACAGCGUCCGGCACUCGGUACUCAACUGCAAGGAGUCCACAUCCAGCUGCCAGAAUAACUCCAUCCCGAACUCCAGCCACAGCCCCCAUCGCCAAGGCAACGACCAACCUCAGUUCGUCCAGCAAAGCUCUGCUGUUGGCUUCAUUAAACACCGGCCAAGUCACAUACCGUCAGCUUUCCUCAAUGCAGAUCCCAAACACAGGAGCCUGCACUCUGACCCAGGGCCCACAAAGCCCCAGCUGUCUGCUCUUCAAACACCUCCCACUGACCUCCAGCACCAGAGAGCUAGCCAACCACAACCUCAGAGCAACUCUUUCUGCAACGCUGCCCGCAGUGGCCACAAGGAAGUUGAUUUAAAAAUAAACGGAAUACUUGAGACCUCAUUGGAAUUGAUCAGCCAUUCAAAAGCGAAUGAAAUGCACAAGUGUGGCAAAGGAGAUCCUUUCCCGCCAGUGGCGAAGGAAGCCCAUCUGACAAAUGGACACACUCGCCGUGUUAAUGGUGCCUUAAAGCCAGAAGACCGGUCGCCUGUAACUGACAAACCUUCUGUAGAGAAGGAACUGCGUCAAUGUGAAGUCAGGAGUCCCGACGAUAAACCUCAGAGUCCCCCAGAACAGUUUCAGACCAAACCGGACCCGUACGAGUUCCCCCACAGUCCCCCGAAGCAAUCAGACCCGGCUCCCGUCUUUCCGAAACCGUCCAACGCACAUGUAGCCAACGGGCAGAGGCCCAAACCUUCCCCGCCCACCUACCACGAGGCCGCUGGUACAGGAAGCCAGCCCCAUCAACCCCAUCCAGUCGGUUCGGAUCCCGACCAGACUCCUCUUUCGCCUGCACCCUGCGCCCUUUCACACAGUCCCAUUAGACUGAACGGAAGUCACCACAAUGCCUUUUCAUCCGACCCCGCUUCAUUUGACACAACCAGCGCGUCAGCCAAACCAUCUCCUCCCGUGGAAAAGGCGUCGUCGGCAUCUAAGUCGUCAGCACAGCUGCUGGCUCAGACCGGCAGUCUGAUCUCCGAGUACUACUCCCACUCACGUUUGCAUCAGAUCUCCACGUGGAGGUCCUGCUUCUCGGAGUACGUCAAUGCGCUGCACGGCAAGCGGAGUGCGGUCGGGGGGGGCUCCUUUCCUGGGAAAGAGAGGCUGAGGAAAUCUGUGGCCCCGCAUUCCGCAGACAGUCGAGGCACGUCAUCGCCUGCUAGUGUCAAAUCCUGUGUUCUCCAUGUGGACAUGGACUGUUUCUUUGUGUCCGUUGGGAUCCGAUACAGACCCGAGCUCAAAGGGAAGCCUGUGGCUGUGACCAGUAACCGUGGACACGAGAGCGUGCCCCUGAGGCCUGGAGCCCGACCUCAGCUGGAGCUGCAGUACUACCAGAGGAAAUGCACUCACCCAAACCCUGAUGAGGAUCUCCACAGAUCUCCUCCACAAGAGAGUCCUGAGCGCCAUGCUAACGGAGUGGAGCAAGACGCAGCCACUCUCUCAAUGGCGGAGAUUGCAUCGUGCAGUUAUGAAGCCAGGAAGGCGGGUGUGAAGAACGGGAUGUUUUUUGGCAAAGCUAAACAGCUGUGUCCCUCUCUGCAGUCCGUCCCGUAUGAUUUUGAGGCUUACAAAGAGGUGGCCAUCACCAUGUACGAGACUCUGGCAGGUUACACCCACGACAUCGAAGCUCUGAGCUGCGACGAAGUGUUGAUAGACGGUUCGGCUCUGCUUGCUGAGUUGAGCAUCAACCCAGAAGAUCUGGCCAGUGUGAUCAGAGCAGAGAUCAAGCAUAAAACGGGAUGCUGUGCUUCAGUGGGCAUGGGGUCCAACAUCCUGUUGGCUCGCCUUGCCACCCGUAAGGCCAAGCCAGACGGGCAAUACCUCCUAAAGUCUGAAGAGGUGGAUGAUUUUAUCAGGGACCUGCCAGUGACCAGCCUUCCAGGCGUCGGGCCUGUUAUGGGCAGAAAACUUGCUGUUAUGGGUGUGAGGUCAUGCGGUGACCUCCAACAGGUGUCUCUGUCUCAGCUGCAAAAGAAGUUCGGCGCCCGGACCGGACAGACCUUGUUCCGCUUCUGCCGCGGCCUGGACGACCGCCCCGUCCGCUACGAAAAGGAAAGGAAGUCCGUCUCAGCUGAGAUGAACUACAACAUUCGCUUCACUGAGGUUGAUGAGGCUGAGUCUUUCCUGACUAACCUGUCCAUGGAGGUGCAAAAGCGUUUACAAGAAGCGGGGCUGCGGGGUCGCAGAGUUACCCUCAAGGUCAUGGUUCGCAAGGUCGGAGCGCCACUGGAGUCGGCCAAAUACGGGGGUCAUGGCAUAUGUGAUAACCUCGCCAAGACUGUGAUGCUCGCUCAGUCCACCGACAGCGGUCGGCUGAUCGCCACUGCUGUCAUCAAGCUGUUCCACGCCAUGAAGUUGCAGGUCGAGGACGUGAGAGGAGUCGGCAUCCAGGUUCAGCUCCUCGAUGGACAUCCGUCCGUCACGCCGAACUCUGCAGGCCCCGGGACACGCUCCGUCAAAGAGAUGCUGCUCGGCCGGGGAUUAUGUGCGAGAUCCAGCGAAAGCGGCCCUUCAGCUGUCCCCUCGGCACGUCCUCUGUCCUCCCCCGAGCCGGUCCCAGGUACGAGCAGAGACCUGCAGCCGUGCAGGCAGACUCCAAAACAUUCCCGAGCACGUCUCAACUUCAGUAUCGAGGUGCCCUCCCCCUCACAGGUGGAUCGCUCUGUGUUGGAGGCGUUGCCCGCCGAGCUGAGGGAACAAGUGGAGCGGUCGUGGAGGGAUCGUGACGGGAGAACGAGUAACCAUCAGUUUCCCGGUGCACGGCCCUCUGCUCCUCUUCCUCAGGCUCCCUCUUCUAAGUCUCUUCCCACCUCGCCUCUUUCUCCUCCUACGCCAGGUGGUGCACCAUACGCUCCACCUGCGGGCACGCUCGUUCUGCAGAUCCCAAACCAGCCAGACAGUCUGGGAAUUGUACUGGAGCUUCCAAACUUCUCGCAGGUUGAUCCGGACGUAUUUGCUGCCCUUCCCAAAGAGCUUCAAGCCGAACUGAAGUCUGCCUACAACCGUGUAACAAAUGUCCAGCCUCAGGGGAACAUAUCAGGGGAGCAGACGAAUCCAUUGUUGCAGCUGAAACAGCCGGCAGUCGGUAUUGGUCGAGUGAAGCGACGCUACAAGAGAAAAAAUGCAGUGAGCCCUGUUAAAAAAGGUCCUUCGCCUGUGAAGAGGCAUCACACGAUCAACAGUCCGAGAAAAGCGCUACAACCUCCUAUGAAAUCACGAGAACCGAUAAACGCGUUAAAGACUGAAAACGGUCCCUGUACAUCGACCUCAAUACCAGAAGUCCCACAGACCUGUUCCAAAUUCAUCCCUCGUCCCGCUCCAGUGUUGGCCGGAGCCUAUGACCUGACAGACAUUAAAACACUCCUUCGGGAAUGGGUCACCACCAUAACAGAACCAAUGGAGGAGGACAUCCUGCAGGUGUUGCAAUACUGCACUGAUCUCAUUGAGGAUAAAGAUCUGGAGAAGUUGGAUUUAAUUAUAAAAUAUAUGAAAAGGCUCAUGCAGAGGGCGGUCGAGUCGGUUUGGAGUAUGGCCUUCGACUUCAUCCUCGACAACGUGCAGGUGGUGGUGCAGCAGACUUACGGCAGCACUCUGAAGGUAGCGUGAGGGAGGACGGAGUACUGCCUUCACUGCGUGCUACCACCACUCUUGUUUUGCCACUUUCACAAGGUCAUCUGCAGUACAAAGUAUGACCUCUAAAUGAUGAUUCUCCUCCUUUGAAACGUAAGGUUCUCGGUGGCCUCCUGAGAAUGAGACGCACAUUGACAACUUCACACACAAUAUGAGAAAGUGUUAAACAAGCCACGACAGUAUUUUAAUUUGUACAGUUCACUAUUUCCCCUACUUGCUCUUUUAAAGGGACAAGUAAAAAAACUCAAAGGCAGUAAAUGAAUCGACUCACCAAAACUCGGGAUAAUUGUAGCUUUUUGCAAAAUCAUAAUUGUAAUUCUUUUCAAAAUAAAUGUGAAAUUUUAUAUAAGAUUUUUACAGGCAGUGCUGAACUUUCUUAAACAAGACCUACCUUUUACAAGAUUUCAAAUCCCUAUCUUGUGUGUGUUUCCUCUGACAGCAGUUGAGUCCUAUGUGGACCUAUGGUUUGAAUAAUGUUACAGUAGCACAUACGGAGAUAUUUGUUUUCACUCGUACAGUUGAGUCAGUCUAGGUUUCAAAGAAUCACUGGCUGAUAAACAAUCAUCAUGUUUAAAGCACCUUUUUAGAAGUAUUACAAUUAGGUAGUGCUGUAGCACUCCUAAGACAUUAGACUUUAUCAUACAAGAAAUUGUAUCAACAGAAUAUAUAAUUUUUCAUUAAUUUUUCUUUGAAGGUCUACGCCACUAACCAUUUUAAAUAUGGUCUGCUGCAUUCAGCAGUAUCUUUAUUUUUCUGGUCUCUUGCAAAGAAAAGUGCCAAACCUUGUUAAUAAUGUUUUUAAAAGACAAAUUUGAAAAGAAGAUGUAAGUGGAGGGUGUACUUCUUGUAUUGUUUACACGUAGUGAAUUCUUAGUAACCGUCUUAAAUUGUAAAAUCUUCUCGCGCUGUAAUUGUUUGUAGGUGUUCCAACACGGAAAUGUGAAGCCGGCCAAAGCUCUUCAUGUGAGGUUCACUGUUGAUUCUCAGUAGCACUCUGACUUUGAUGUGGACAGGGGUUAUGGCAAUCAAUGAGUAGCCUAUGCAGUUGUUUUUUCACAAGCAAGUGAGAGGUCUCUUCAAGAUAAUGUAACAUUUCAUACAGCCUUUGUACCUGGAGUAAAUCUUUUUCUAGUGUGUUUACCCAUUUUACAGACCUGAAUAUUUCAAUAAUUCUGGAUUUGUAGAGGACUAGGUGACCGUAUUUUAUAACUCAACGUAUGUACGUGUGUACUUUAAACAAUGGGGAUAUUUUUACUUCUUAUGACUCUUAUCAUUGUAUUUCUGUCAAGUUAACUCUCAUGAUUGGUGAUAAGUAGCACUCAGCAGAUGCGGCUGGCUGGCUGGCUUGUGAUCUCCCCAACCAAGGCAUGGUGUGUGCGGUGGAAAAGUUUGUUUAAAGCAGUUUCCCCUAUAUGCAAACCAAAAUCAAUCAUUAUGGUCAUCAGUCAUUGUUUUCAACUUAUUGAAAUGAAUGUAAUUCAAAAUGGGCAAGUCUACAUUCACUUCGAAGAUGUUUGCUUCUCUUCACAUGUUCUAUCGCUCUAGAAGUUAAAAUUAGCCAGUCUUGUCUUUUAUAAACUGGCUUGUGCCUGAAGACCCGAAGCUGUGAACUUGUUUGUAAGUUUUCUAAAUCUUGGUAAUAAACCGUAAACUAUG